AUGGUCAUCGCGGACAUCUUGAAACGAUGGCAAGUUCUUAUCGGCAAUUCGGACGCCCAAUUAUUGACUGGCACCGACGAACAUGGGAUGAAGAUUCAGCAGGCUGCGCAAAAGGCCGACAUGGACACACAGGCUUUUUGCGACAUGAAUUGCAGAACUUUCGAGUUCCUAGCUAGAGCCGCCAGUUUGAGCAAUGACCAUUUCAUCAGAACCACCGAUCCGGAACAUCGUGAUGCUGUACAAUACUUCUGGGAAAUGCUGCAACAUCGUGGAUAUAUCUAUACUUCUAAACACGAGGGUUGGUAUUCGGUCAGCGACGAAACAUUCUACCCGCAAACACAAGUUCAAAACUCCCUCGAUCCAUCAACAGGGAGGAAGAGGAUGGUAUCGAUUGAGACCGGCAAAGAAGUCGAAUGGUCCUCAGAAACGAACUACCAUUUCCGGCUUUCGGCAUUUCAAGACCGCCUCUUAGAAUUGUACAACAGACCCGACUCGUUCAUCAAACCAUCGAAAUAUGCGACAGCCGUGAUUCAAUCGGUCUCCGCGGGCCUAACAGAUUUGUCGAUUUCCCGCCCAGCAGAAAGACUCACCUGGGGAAUCCCGGUUCCCGGCGAUAGUACACAAACGAUCUAUGUCUGGUUGGAUGCACUCGUCAAUUACUUGACCAAGGCAGGAUACCCUUUUCCACCCGGGCAAGAGAACAAGUCAAUCUGGCCAGCAGAUGUUCACGUGGUUGGAAAGGACAUUGUUCGUUUCCAUUCCGUUUACUGGCCGGCCUUCCUCAUGGCUCUAGAUCUGCCUUUACCCCGGACCAUUCUCGUCCACGGACACUGGACUAUGAACCGGGCGAAAAUGUCCAAGUCAACGGGAAAUGUAGUGAAUCCGUUUUUUGCCAUGGAUCGCUUUGGCGUUGAUGGUAUGCGGUUCUUCUUAGCAUACCAAGGGGGGAUGGCGGAUGACGCAGACUACGAUAACGACUUCAUCUCCCGGGACUAUCGAAAGCUACUUCAAGGUGGACUUGGAAACCUUGCUUCCCGUACCACCGCAUGUGCGAAGGGGAAAUUGUCCACUUAUGUUCAAGAUGCCGCUGCUGAUAAGCUCCCGGCUCCAACCCCGGAAGAUCUGGACCAUCAGAAGAUGCUUAUCGAUACACCGCCGAUUGUGGCCGAGCAUAUGACCGGUUUGAACCCCCGUGCGGCGCUCCAGGAAACCAUGAGCAUAAUCGAGAAGACUAACAAAUACUUCCACGCGGCGGAGCCGUGGAACAACCCCAAUCCCCAGCGAGUUAUCUUCAAUGCGGCGGAAUCUCUUCGUAUCACGGGCAUUCUGCUGCAGCCAUUCAUGCCGACCAAAUCAAAGGAACUCCUCGAUCACCUCAAAGUAGAUUUAUCACCUACCAAACGGGCAUUCGCGGCCACGGCGUACGGUUUCGAUGCGGCGUACGGUGAAGGCAUCAAGAAGGGUAUCCUCUUCCCUCCACUGCUGACGUACAAAUAA